AUGGCAAACCCGGCUCAAUGCUACUUUUGCUUUGAGAGUCUUUCUGCGUCCUUUGGGGGCUAUGAGCCCAUCAGUCUCCCAGCUCUAGAGGACCUCUGGGAACAACACGAGCAAGCCAAAAAGCUCGCCACACUCGAAGAUACGGAUGACGACCCUCAGCAGAUCGCCGAAGAUGACUGCGAGGAUGCUGAAGGCGAUGCAGUCCAGGGUGGCGUUUCAAAUGCUAAGCUGAACCGGCCCAAUGCUAUCAAGUUGCCCAGUAUCAACCGUCUCCAGAGCCAGAUGUCGUCAAACUCGUCCAGUGCGUCCACGCCGUCUUCUCAAUCCGUUUCGUCUGGUUCUACCUCCGUGACGACUCCGAGUUCCGAUGUGGCGGGCCAGAGGCAGCAGAGACAGGGUGAGCGACACCAUCCGUUGUUUGUGACGUGGAAUACAGUGUCGAAGAAUGACAACAAGGUCCUACGUGGAUGUAUCGGUACGUUCGAGGCGCAUGAGCUUUCUGCAGGUCUGAGGUCCUACGCUCUCACGUCGGCAUUCGAUGAUCACCGUUUCAAUCCAAUCCCUGAAUCCCUACUUCCGUCGUUGUCGUGCUCCUUGACCCUUCUGAGCUCUUUCGAGCCUUGCACGAAUGCCAUGGAUUGGGACCUCGGAACCCACGGAAUACGGAUAUCCUUCAUCCAACGCGGCAGACGCUACGGCGCGACAUACCUCCCAGACGUCCCGGUAGAACAAGGCUGGAGCAAAGAAGAGACUCUGGAAAGUUUGAUGCGCAAGGCUGGGUGGGAUGGCUCGACAGGUGCGACAGGGAGCGUUGCUAGAAGACUGCUUAGAAGUAGCAGGCCUAGCUCGAGCUCGGGUAAACCAUGGGAGCAGGUCUCCGAUUUCCGAACAGUCAAGUACCAGGGACUCAAAGCUAGUGCCGGCUACGCUGAAUGGCAAGAGUGGAGGAACUGGGUUUUGUCUUUGGAUGAUGGCCGGGAGAAGCUGUUGGAGAACUGA